AUGGGUAUCGUUCAAGCGCUUAUCAACAAACACGAGCUCUUCAUGACCUCAGUCACCCAGGAAGAACCGCUAUGCGUUCCCUGUUUUGAGGAGGUGGAUAGGAAGCCUGGUAACCCUAGCAGUUUCGAGGAUCUUCAUGCAAAAACCAAGGAGCUCUAUCCGCAGAACUUCGAGGGCGCAUAUCUAUUUUUGAAGAAAACUCUGAGCAAGCAUUUCAACGUAACUUAUAGGAUUACCCUGAGUUCUGUGACACCGUAUGGCCUCAAGGUCGGUGUGAAUUAUGUUGGUACCAAGCGGGUGGGAUUUACGGAAAAGUACCCGGUGAUCUCAGGUGAGAUUACGCCCAGUGGUAAUAUGAGCGCUAGCUUCGUGCACACGCUCGGCUGCAGAUACAGAUUCAAGCUCGCUACACAAAUCAUUGACAAAAGAUACAAGGCAUUCAGUUCCGGACUGGAAUAUCGCUCGGACGACUGUACCUUGGCGCUCACCCUGGCGAAUCCAGAUCUCGUGAAGCUGCAUGGCACCUUGGUGUUGCAUUACUUGCAGGCAAUUACGCCGAGAAUCACUCUCGGCACGGAAGUCGCGUGUUUACGUGGUUCUCUGAUACCUGGCGGUCAGCAGACAGUGAUGUGUGCCGCAUUCCGGCACAGUACCGGUCCCACCACGUUGUCUGCCACGUUCGGCGAGGCCGGCAUCCACAUUUGUUACCAUCGGAAAGCGAGCGAGCAGUUACAGCUCGGAGUUGAGAUCGAGACAAACACACGGAUACACGAAUCUAUAGGAACAAUCGUGUACCGCGUAAACAUUCCAUACGCGGACUUUAUCUGCCGGGGAUUCGUCAAUUCGGAGACCAGCAUGGGUGCCGUGUUCGAGAAGAGGCUGCACCCAAUCCCCGGGGCCUCGUUAAUGAUAAGCGGCUUCUUGAAUCACAAGAAGCAGCAAUUCCGCGUCGGCAUCGGCCUAAACAUCGGCUAA